CAAACUACAAUGCGGUUAGGGAACCAGACUAGUGGUGAUAUACGUACUCCAAGCGUUUUGUCUAGUCUAGAUCUCUCACUGCACUCUGGACAUCAGCAGUACAGCAAUCCACAACAUCAUAAAAGAUGUCUACCAUCACUAUCAAAGUUCUGUCAAGAAAUGCCUACCCAAAGAAAUUUGACCAUGCACUCCAAGUAGUCACGAGUGACAACAAGUUGUUUGAACUGUUCCUACCAGAGGACCAAACUCACAAACUGGAGCAAGGAAAGUUCUACAAGCUUGUUGGCUGCAAUGCGUUCAUCGUAAAAUCAACUAACAAACACGCCUUCAAACUAACCCACAAAACAAGGAUCUUUUAUACAGCACCCUUUCCGAUUGCACAAGAAGUGGAAGACAGCUUCUUUCACGCUAAGAAAGUCACCAUUCCUGAGGCAGUAGCCCUUCCCAAGGACACCCGAGUCAGUAUGCGCGGUGUCAUUGAAGCUGUCUCACCCGUUAAAGAAGGGCCGUCGUACUCACUUCAGAGUUUAGAUCUCGUUGACAACACACGCAACAAGAAGAUCACAGUAAACCUGUGGGGCCGCAACUCAGAAGUACAAAUUCCACCAAGUGGAACUGAAGUGACUGUCGAGAAUCUUCUCACCGAUUCCUAUCAAGACAGAGUAGUGCUCAAAGCCACACAAGAAACAACAUUUUUGACAGAAGAAGCACCUGCAGCGACAGCAAAAACUGUAACGUUUGUUGCAUUCAUUGAGGACAGUAACAACAUCACUUUCCUUGAUGACCUUGACAUCGAGUAUUAUAGCACAGCUGAGCUACUCUGUAACACCCUUGCCAUUCAGCAACCUGCUGAAGCUCAUCAACAUCUGCCCUUGACUGUCAACAUUGAGCUGCAGACUGUCACAGGCAAAAACACCAUCACCUCCAUGGCUAAGACAUGUGACAGCUCUGACAACAAUGACGAAUCCCCAAAGUAGAUCAACUUCUUUGUGCUGUUCACAACUGUUUCAACAGUUCCAUACUUAAAGGGAAUAUACAUCAUUUGCUUUUGCUGUAAUUUUCAGAAAUGAAUGGAAUUGGGGGGUUGGAAAUA